CUUAUUUUCUUUUUACGCCCAGCCUUAAAGGUUGCUAUAAAAAUAUGUGAUUUGUUUCCAGGACUACAUAAUACUGCGGGAGUGAUGUUAAGAAAAGAUGUAGUAGCCGAUCAAGAUGCUGACGUCAUCAGAUUGCUGCAAGAAAAGGGCGCCAUAAUAAUCGGACUCACCAACGUCUCUGAACUUUGCAUGUGGUGGGAAUCCCAUAAUCAUAUCCAUGGCAGAUCUAACAAUCCGUACAAUACGACAAGAAUUGUCGGUGGUUCAUCGGGAGGAGAAGGAGCUGUUCAAGCAGCUGCUGGGAGUAUUUUUGGAGUUGGUUCUGACAUGGGAGGAUCCAUCCGCAUACCUGCCUUUUUCAAUGGAAUCUUCGGACACAAACCUUCAAAAUUUAUGAUCUCCAACGAAGGACAAUAUCCGAUGGAGGACUCCGACCUAUUGAAUUCAUUUUUAGGUACCGGUCCCAUGACAAGACACGCAGUAGAUUUAAAACCACUUUUGAGUAUUAUGGCUGGGGAAAAUAGUCCAAAACUAAAAUUAGAUCAACCAGUUGAUAUUACCAAGCUCAAAAUUUACUACCAGCUUAGCAAUGACGCGCCUUUGACAGAUCCCGUCGACCCUGACAUUAAGAUGGUGAUGAGGAGAGUAGUAGAGUACUUAAAGUUGCAAUACAGCAUAAAAACAGAAGUAAUUAAGAUACAAUUAUUAAAAAAAUCAAUGCCUAUUUGGAUGGCCACAAUGAAAGAAGAAACAAGGUUUCAAAGUCUUAUUAUGAAAAAGACGGGAGUAGGAGCCGUUUUAACGGAAUUAGUUAAGAAUGCUAUUGGCUGUUCUGACAAUACUUUGAUUGGUCUUUUAACAGCUAUAUCAGAUCGGACUAAGGCACAAUUUGGGAGUGAGAAGUAUAAAUAUUACUUAAAAGUAAGAGACCACUUAGAGAAAAUAUUUACUGAUAUGCUUGGUGAAAAUGGUGUUUUCUUAUAUCCAACACAUCCAACACCAGCACCAUACCACAAUGAACCAUUACUAAAAGCAUUUAACUUUUCUUAUACUGCCAUUAUAAAUUGUCUUGGACUGCCGAUAACUACAGUGCCUUAAGGGUUGGGUCGUGAGGGACUACCAAUUGGCAUACAAGUUGUGUCUAACCACAACAAUGAUAGAUUAUGUUUUGCUGUAGCUGAAGAAUUAGACAGAGCGUUUGGAGGCUGGGUAGAGCCACAAAAAUCAUAAUUUUACAAAUUAUCUUUAUCUAUACUUAUAUAGGUAUAAUAAAUCUGUAGAGAGGUCAAUUCUGUACAUGAAAUAUAUUUCCAAAAUAACUAUCAAGGGGUGAUUAGGAAUCGAUACUGAUGCCAAAAAUGCAAUCAGUAAAAUUUUUGUCUGUCUGUCUGUAUAACCGUUAUAGAAACAAAAACUACUCGAUGGAUUCUAACGAAACUUGGUACAAUUAUUUUUCAUACUCCUGAGCUGGUUAUAGUAUACUUUUCAUCACGCUACAAUCAAUAGGAGCAGAACAGUGAAGGGAAAUGUUGGGAAAACGGGAGAAGUUACUCCAUUUUUUAAGCUUCCGUCGCGUGUGCAACCUUAAUGGUUAAAGCUACCCAGAAAUCAUGUAUGACCGAAAUGUUCUCCUUAAAAUUAUAUUAAAAAUAUCCCACGACAGCAUAUGUCUAUCUUUUAUGGUUGACUUACAAUAACACGUGUAACUCCCGAUAGCUUAGCAAUUCGAAGCUUUCUGAUUGUAUUUGUCUAUUGUCUACUCUUACGUUUAUAACACUCUCAGUCAUCCCUAAUUAAAAAAGUUAACAGUAUUAAGUAUUCCAUAAAAAAGAAUCAUAGAAAUCGGUAUAGAAAUAUAUUAGUCGAAAUUGAUUUUUGAGAAACACAUUGGUUUAAUAAGAUUAGUCUUCAGGUAGCUACAAAGACGAACACAUGACAAAGGCAUGUCUUAUAAAAAAGCAGGAACGUAGGGUUUGUUAAUGUCAAGUUAAUAAUUUCAUUUUGUUACUAUUUUAUCAUCCUGGACCCGAUAUAUCUAUACUAAUAUUAUAAAGCUGAAGCGUUUUUUUGUUUGUUUGAACGCGCUAAUCUCAGGAACUACUGGUUCGAAUUGAAAAAUUCUUUUUGUGUUGAAGAGACCAUUUAUCGAGGAAGGCUUAAGGCUAUAUAACAUCACGCUGCAACUAUUAGGAGCGAAGAAAUAAUGGAAAACGCGGACGAAGUCGCUGGCGGCCACUAGUGUGAAAUAAAAAUGUUUGAAUUAAUUAUCUCUAUAUUUCUUAUAAUCUUGAUAAAUGUUGUUGUUACAGUGAAUAUUUUUAAUAAAAUAUUUUAUAGAAUAUAUUUAUGGCUAUUUUUGAAAUGGUACAUUCGACAGUAAGGAAUACAUAAUUUCCUUAUAUCAAUUAGGAAUUACUACACACAAUGAUAAUUAAAGUAAUAAUAUUAUUGCAAAUUUCAGCAGCUCUGUUACUUAAUUCAAAUAAAACGAAAUGUAUAAAGUUUGCAUUACCUAAUGUAAAUAGUGAAAAAGUUGAAUUGGUGGAAUCGACAAAGUUCCUUGGUAUAACACUAGAUUCCCAACUGCAAUGGGAUCCUCAUAUUGAUAAUUUGUCAAGUAGACUGAGUUCUGCAGCUUUUGCUGUUAAGAAAAUUAAACUCUUGACAAAUGUUGAAACAGCAAGAUUGGUAUAUUUUAGUUAUUUUCAUAGUGUAAUGAUGUAUAAGUAUAUUGUUGUGGGGUUCUGCGGCUAGCAUUCAAGAUAUUUUUAAUCUACAAAAGAGAGCUGUCCGCGCUAUAUAUAAUUUACGGUCAAGAGAAUCUCUCAGAGAAAUAUUUAAAAAAAUAAAUAUUUUGACUGUUACUUCUCAAUACAUCUAUGAAAAUAUUAUGUACGCAAGAAAACAUUACGAUUCCUUCACAAAAAAAGGAGUGUUCAAAAUCUUAACACAAGAAAUAAAAAUAAACUUGCCAUUCCAAGCUUCAGACUUCAGAAAACCAGAGGAUCAUUUCUGUGUAAAUGCAUUGCUAUGUUCAAUAAAAUUUAUAAAUUUAAAAUUCAUGUAAAGAACAUACUUAUGAGUAAAGGCUAUUAUAAAGUUAAUGAUUAUUUUAAGGAUCGCUAUGCAUGGAAUUAAUAGCCUUCGCUUUGUUCUAUAAAAGACUAAUUAUAUGUUCAACCUAUGUCCUCGAACUUUGAAAGUUGUAUUAUUAUUGUGAUAAUACAUAUUAUUUUGGUAAUGACAUGAUUUAUGUAAAUGUCAUUACUUAUGAUAAAGAGCUGGUAAGUUUCUUUCGCUUGUUCUUCUUGUCAGCUAAAAGACGUCCUGAACAAGUGGUAGGGAAAAAAACUUUUUUUGGACGAUUCAAAGGUGCUUGUAAUAGCCUACUUGAAUAAAGAUAUUUUCGUUUCAUUUCAAUUUCAUUUUCAUUUCAAGACAAUAAUUUGCAAAAUUUUACAAUUUUCAUACCAUUUAUAGGAACUUGUAUUUAUUUUUAAAUGUAAAAUUUACUUUCUUCAGCAGAUUUGUUUUGAUUAUAAUUUGACAAUAUAUUAAUUGUGACAAUAAAACAACAGUUGUGUAUAAUUUUAUACUGAGCACAUAAGUUACAUGAGGUUUAUGGUGAAUCAGAUAAGUUAUGUAUUAUGUUGAUUAUUUCUUUCCUCUUCACACUUGGAUUGAUUUUGUAUAGCAUAUCGCAUGACUCUAUUUGUCCAUAUUUGUGAGCCCAAUCUGCUAAUCUUUCAGUGUUACAAAUGACAUGAAUGCCACAGUCAUAUCCAUUGCUCUGUUGCAGACAUUCUUUAUUCACAAAAUUAAUCGAUGCUGUAAAUAUCAGAAAAUGCAAUUUUAUUUGUUGAAUUUGGUUUAUAUCUCACAACUUUAUUUUGUCAACAAAGUAGUUUAAAAACACAAGUUUUUACCUGUUUUUGAAAAAUAUGAAAUAAGGUGACUAGCAAACUCCCAAGCAACAUUAUGAUUACUUCCUGAUGAUGAGUCUAAAUGAUAAAAACAACUUUCUGGCCUUGAAUAAACAAGAAGACUCCAAUGUGAGCCACCUGCAGUGUCUGGAGAAUCAUUGUCAUUCAAGGCAAAGAAAACAAAUUUUUUACUGUUGAUAUCAAGUGGUUCUAAAAAUGUUUUAAUUUCUUCAGUGUCCACCAUUUUUAUGCACUGUGUAACUCCAGGAGAAAUAAAUAAUAAUUCAUUUGUAUUAAGGAAUAUUACUUUUUCUAGAUAUUCAAAAUAAAAUGAUAUAAUUGUAUCAUUCAGCCAGUAUGGGCCUUCCAAAAGUUCUACAUCUGACUGGUGUAAUAAAAUCUCAUGGAAGCUCAAUACAACAGAUGCUUUGGCCAUUCCGUCAUGUACCAAAUAAUAUUGCUUCUUGCAUAAGUUCUAAGUGAUGAUCUGAUAAGAAAAACAAUAAAAUAUGUAAUCUUGGAUAAAAAUUGCCUUAAGCAAAACAAAAAAAAACAAUAUUGAUAGGAGUAAUUUGAAAUGUCAAGUUUUAGAGGUUGGGUCUCUAAUAUUUUUUUAGAAAUCCCUAAAUAAUUAAUUAUGGUAAACUACACAACAAGAUUAGCCAAUAAGUAUCUCCUUUUAAAAUGUGUAAUGCUUGAUGACAUGUAGAUCGACAUGUAAAUACUAAAACUUACCAAAACAGAUCAACUGGUUUCAUAACAAGCUUUUUCAAGCAGUUAAAAAGGUAUUAGCCUGUCUUCUCGGUUUAUGGGUAAAAGCAGUUACAGUGAAUAUGUAGCACAAUAACUCGUUUUAAUAGAUUACAUUUAUUUUUGGAAGUGUUAUUACAGUACCCAUUUCACUUCAACAUCGCGAAU